CAGUGUUGUGUUCCACUGUGGAACAGUUGACACUUUACCAGUGCUGUUAAAUAUACGAAUCAGUGUGGCGUGCUGUUUUUUAUCAGAGGCGAAUUGAAAUGUACUACCGUAAUUCUUGCGGGCCUGUUUAAAAUGCCACACAAACGUAGGAACGUAGUCCAUGCCAACCAAAGGAAUUCUACAACACGACGCGUCCCAUUGGCCCACCUGCCGUCUGCACCGCCGAAUGUGCUUGUCGAAUCCUGCAACGGUCUUGAUGCAGAGAUCCGCUCACCCGGCAGUCCGAUGGCGAAAGGGGACGCUAUGUCUACCGGGAAAAACUUCCCGGCGAACAAGUUAGCCGUGCCCCAAUACAACACCACCGUGCGCAAGCAGAACGAGGUCCAAAUCAUAUCCAACAUAAAGCUGGACUCGAAACUUCAAUCAGGAGCUAGGUCGUCCAUCGCACCAAAGGUCACCCAAAAGAUGAACUUCGCGCCGAAUCAAGCUGUAUUUAGGGAUCUGGUAACUCUCAAUGUCAACGAUUCUCUGCUGGCGCCGCACAAGACCAAGAACGAUGCCCCAAAGAAAAAGAAAUCGAAAAAAUCCGAAUCAAGCAAGGUCAUAGGCGAGCCCCAACUAAUCGACUAUGCGGAGAAAGUAGAUCCCAUUGUCAUGGAGGUUAAGGAACCUACAAUCCGCUUGGAUUGGGUACAAGCACCCUUCGAUUUUUUCGGCGCAUAUAGGAGAACAUACAAUUAGUUACAUUUUAUUUAUAAAUAUAUCCGAGUCGAACAGUA